UUCUGCUUUUCCCUGGCUCCUUCUACACAGGUCUUUUCAUCUCAAGAUCAAUGUUCAUUGGUUUCUUGACUCAAAGCUGGGUGAAGAAUUUUAGGAAUUGAGGUGCUUAUAAUGCCAGAGCCUAGAAUUUCAGGACCGAGAAGGGGUUUCGUUUGGAGUUGAUAUUUGAAGAGCUCUUACUCUGUGUCCUCUGCUUUACCUGAACUCGUGUAGUCAGUACAAUAAUCUUAGAAACUUCACGGUGAUGAUAUGGCAUCUGCCAGCUCUAGCCGGGCAGGAGUGGCCCUGCCUUUUGAGAAGUCUCAGCUCACUUUGAAAGUGGUGUCCGCAAAGCCCAAGGUGCAUAAUCGUCAACCUCGAAUUAACUCCUACGUGGAGGUGGCGGUGGAUGGACUCGCCAGCGAGACCAAGAAGACUGCGAAGCGCAUUGGGAGCUCUGAGCUUCUCUGGAAUGAGAUCAUCAUUUUGAAUGUCACGGCCCAGAGUCAUUUAGAUUUAAAGGUCUGGAGCUGCCAUACCUUGAGAAAUGAACUGCUAGGCACCGCGUCUGUCAACCUCUCCAAUGUCUUGAAGAACAAUGGGGGCAAAAUGGAGAACACGCAGCUGACCCUGAACCUGCAGACGGAGAACAAAGGCAGUGUUGUCUCAGGCGGAGAGCUGACAAUUUUCCUGGACGGGCCGACUGUUGAUCUGGGAAGUGUGCCUAAUGGCAGUGCUGUGACAGACGGAUCACAGCCGCCUUUGAGAGACUCCAGUGGAACAGCGGUAGCUCCAGAGAACCGGCACCAGCCCCCCAGCACAAACUGCUUUGGUGGAAGAUCCCGGACGCACAGACAUUCAGGUACUGCAGCCAGAACAACCCCAGCAACCGGCGAGCAAAGCCCAGGUGCUCGGAGCCGGCACCGCCAGCCCAUCAAGAACUCAGGCCACAGUGGCUUGGCCAACGGCACAGUGAAUGAUGAACCCACAACAGCCACAGAUCCCGAAGAGCCUUCCGUUGUUGGUGUGACGUCCCCACCUGCUGCACCCUUGAGUGUGACCCCGAAUCCCAACACGACUUCUCUCCCUGCCCCAGCCACACCGGCUGAAGGAGAGGAACCCAGCACUUCGGGUACACAGCAGCUCCCAGCGGCUGCCCAGGCCCCCGACGCUCUGCCCGCCGGAUGGGAACAGCGAGAGCUGCCCAAUGGACGUGUCUAUUAUGUUGAUCACAAUACCAAGACCACCACCUGGGAGCGGCCCCUUCCUCCAGGCUGGGAAAAACGCACAGAUCCCCGAGGCAGGUUUUACUAUGUGGAUCACAAUACUAGGACCACCACCUGGCAGCCUCCGACCGCGGAGUACGUGCGUAACUAUGAGCAGUGGCAGUCGCAGCGGAAUCAGCUCCAGGGGGCCAUGCAGCACUUCAGCCAAAGAUUCCUCUACCAGUCUUCGAGUGCUUCGACUGACCAUGAUCCCCUGGGCCCCCUCCCUCCUGGCUGGGAGAAGAGACAAGACAAUGGACGGGUGUAUUACGUGAACCAUAACACUCGCACGACCCAGUGGGAGGACCCCCGGACCCAGGGGAUGAUCCAGGAACCAGCUCUGCCCCCAGGAUGGGAGAUGAAAUACACCAGCGAGGGGGUGCGAUACUUUGUGGACCACAAUACCCGCACCACCACCUUUAAGGAUCCUCGCCCAGGGUUUGAGUCGGGGACGAAGCAAGGCUCCCCUGGUGCUUAUGACCGCAGUUUUCGGUGGAAGUAUCACCAGUUCCGUUUCCUCUGCCAUUCAAAUGCCCUACCCAGCCACGUGAAGAUCAGUGUUUCCAGGCAGACGCUUUUUGAAGAUUCCUUCCAACAGGUUAGAUCAUGGUGCCUGAAACCAGGGCCAGGCCGACGCCCUCCUCCCAGCACCCCAUCUCCUAUCGCAUGGCCUGUUAAACCCACACUGCAGACUUUCCACGGCAUGGGUCUUGGUGACUCUGUCUGCUGGAGAGUAGGCCUUAGAGCCCCGUCCCUCCCGCCCCUGCCUGCUGUGAAAGGGAGAGUGGCAGGCCGGCCCGAUGCUCUGUCUUCCCAGAUCAUGAACAUGAAACCCUAUGACCUGCGCCGCCGGCUCUACAUCAUCAUGCGUGGCGAGGAGGGCCUGGACUAUGGGGGCAUUGCCAGAGAGUGGUUUUUCCUCCUGUCUCACGAGGUGCUCAACCCUAUGUAUUGUUUGUUUGAAUACGCGGGAAAGAACAAUUACUGCCUGCAGAUCAACCCUGCCUCCUCCAUCAACCCAGACCACCUCACCUACUUCCGCUUUAUAGGCAGAUUCAUCGCCAUGGCACUGUACCACGGAAAGUUCAUCGACACGGGCUUCACCCUCCCUUUCUAUAAGCGGAUGCUCAACAAGAGACCAACCCUGAAAGACCUGGAGUCCGUCGACCCUGAGUUCUACAACUCCAUUGUCUGGAUCAAAGAGAACAACCUGGAAGAAUGUGGCCUGGAGCUGUACUUCAUCCAGGACAUGGAGAUCCUGGGCAAGGUGACCACCCACGAACUGAAGGAGGGCGGCGAGAGCAUCCGGGUCACGGAGGAGAACAAGGAAGAGUACAUCAUGCUGCUGACUGACUGGCGUUUCACCCGAGGCGUGGAAGAGCAGACCAAAGCCUUCCUGGAUGGCUUCAACGAGGUGGCCCCGCUGGAGUGGCUGCGCUACUUUGAUGAAAAAGAGCUGGAGCUGAUGCUGUGCGGCAUGCAGGAGAUAGACAUGAGCGACUGGCAGAAGAGCACCAUCUACCGGCACUACACCAAGAACAGCAAGCAGAUCCAGUGGUUCUGGCAGGUGGUGAAGGAGAUGGACAAUGAGAAGAGGAUCCGGCUGCUGCAGUUUGUCACCGGGACCUGCCGCCUGCCCAUCGGGGGAUUUGCUGAACUCAUUGGUAGCAAUGGACCACAGAAGUUUUGCAUUGACAAAGUUGGCAAGGAAACCUGGCUGCCCAGAAGCCACACCUGCUUCAACCGUCUGGAUCUUCCUCCCUACAAGAGCUACGAACAGCUGAGAGAGAAGCUGCUGUAUGCCAUUGAGGAGACCGAGGGCUUUGGACAGGAGUAACUGAGGCCGCCCCCCCACACCCCCCAGUGCACACAUAGUCCUGAGUCCUCCCUGCCUGGGAGGCCACCGGCCCUGCAGCCCUUGGGAGGCCCCCGUGGAUGUGGCCCUGUGUGGGACGACGCCAUCAUCUCGCUUCUGGCAGAAGAGCCUGAUCCCAGGAGGCCCUGCAGUUCCCCCCACCCAUGGAUGGCAGUCUGGAAUAAAGCCCCCUAGUUGCAUUUGGCCCCACCUUCGCAAAGUUCCAGAGGGGUGACCCUCUCUGCAAAACUCUCCCCCAUCCCCUAGACCCCACCCUGGGUGUGUGUGUGCAAGGGAAGGUGUUGCAUCCCCAGGGGCAGUCGCAGAGGCUGGAGACCUCCCGGACUAGUUUGGCCAGGAGACCGGCUCCUGGGGGUGGGGUGGGCUGUUCUGGACUGAGAGCCAAGGGUCUUUGCCAGCAAAGGAGGUUCUGCCUGUAAUUGAGCCUCUCUGAUGAUCGAGAUGAAGUGAAGGUUUGAGGGCGACGGCCCUGGGGCGAGGCCAUCUCCACCUGCCUCCCUAGCAGGCAGCAGCGAUGGAGGCUGAGUCGCAGGACGCAUGCUGGCCAGUUAAUUCAUUCUCAGCAAAUGAAGGUUUGUCUAAGCUGCCUGGGUAUCCAUGGGACAGAAACAGCAGACUCCCUCAGACUUUCUUUUUCCAUUUAUAAACUUGAAGCGGUUGUGUUGUAGGGUUGCAGGUUUUUUUGUUAUGCUGCUGUCACUUUCUGUCCAGGAGUUGGCACCCCAGGCGUUCUGAGACCUUGAGGGACCCAGGCCUUUGGGUCCACGAGUUUCCUAAACAGCCACGCCUCUCAGGAACCUGCCUGGUGGUUCCGUGAGCUCAGGCGGGCCUGACCCAGCGGCGCAGCCUGGCAGGGAUCUCGUCCCCGAGCCUGGCAGAGUGGGAGGGGUUGAGGUCCCGAGCGCCACUCCUAGCCUUGCUGCCUUCAAUAGAGAAGAAAUCCCUUUGCUAGAUAGGGUCCCCCAGGCAGUCCCCAGUGGCGGGACACAGGGAUCCGGCUGUGGAGCUCUCCCGCCAGCCCUUGGAGUUCCAGGCAGGCCUGCUGGUCCCCUGUUCAGAAUGGAGUGCGGCCCGGCCAGCGGAAAGUGUCCAUUCUGUGUAGGUGCUUUAUCUGCACACAGGACGUGGAAACCAGCAGAAAGGCCCUGACCUGCUGCAUAGCCCGGUCUGAUUUCUGCAGUUCCCACCAGCCUCCAACCCGGGGACUCUGCCAUAAUUGGAAACUUCACAGGUCACAUUGAAAUCUUCAAGAUGACCAUGCCCCCCCAGGAUGCUGAGGCAGUAAUCAUGGCAGACUCCCGGCCCGGGCCCCCAGGAUUCUAGGACCCCAGGCAGCCCCUUGGCCUGGUCCCGGGUACCUUCCAAGCACAGUCUCCAUGCUCCCAGAUUCUCGACCUUUUCCUGGCCGGGGAGGUGCAGCCUGCGUCUGCCUGUGUCAUGUGUGCUGAUUUGAGUGGCUCAGCUUGCCACAGCGCAACCUCUUCUGUCCGUUUCAGUCAUUUGCCGUACUUCCCUGCGGCACGUCACCACGGAAGCCGCUCUAGGGUGGGUCAGGGUGCAAGCUGCUGGUGAGGUUUGGAAGCAUCAGGCUCACGGGUGUUCAUGUGUGUUCGUGCGUGUGUGUGCGUACGUGUAUAUAACUGAAGUGUCUGUACGGAAUGCCCUUUGCUAGCCAUGGGCUGGUCACCAGACUGUUUUGCAAUACCCGCCCCCUGCCUUGAUAUUGCCAGUUUCUUGUGCAAUAAACAAUCAGCAGCUGUG